AUGAGCCGCCUCCCGGACCGCGAGCGCGCCCCGGACGGUAACGACUCGCGAGGAGAUAUCGGUCCGCAAGAGAUGGUUCCGAGCAGGAAGAACAUGGUGCUCGUGGAUGGAGUCAUACUGAACGGCCCCACAACAGAUGCAAAAGCAGGGGAGAGAUUUGUGGAAGAUGCUUGUAGACUAAUAAUGGAAGAGGUGGUUCUGAAGGCUACGGACAUCAGUGAGAAGGUCUGUGAGUGGCGGCCCCCUGAAGAGCUGAAGCGGCUUCUCGACUUGGAGCUGAGGGACGCGGGAGAGCCCCACCACCGGCUGCUGGAGCGCUGCCAGGACAUCAUACGCUACAGUGUCAAGACCAACCAUCCAAGAUUUUUCAACCAGUUAUAUGCUGGACUUGAUUAUUACUCUCUGGUGGCCAGAUUUAUGACAGAAGCAUUAAACCCAAGUGUUUAUACGUAUGAGGUGUCCCCAGUGUUUCUGUUAGUGGAAGAAGCGGUUCUGAAGAAAAUGAUUGAAUUUAUUGGCUGGAAAGAAGGGGAUGGAAUAUUUAACCCAGGUGGUUCAGUGUCCAAUAUGUAUGCCAUGAAUUUAGCCAGAUACAAGUACUGUCCUGAUAUUAAGGAAAAGGGGCUGUCUGGCUUGCCAAGAUUAAUCCUUUUCACAUCUGCAGAGUGUCAUUACUCCAUGAAGAAGUCUGCUUCCUUUCUUGGGAUUGGUACUGAGAAUGUGUGCUUUGUGGAGACAGAUGGAAGAGGUAAGAUGAUACCUGAGGAGCUGGAGAAGCGCGUGCAGGAGGCCGAGAAAGAGGGUGCAGCUCCGUUCCUUGUGUGCGCCACGUCUGGUACCACGGUGCUGGGGGCCUUCGAUCCUCUGGAUGAGAUAGCAGACAUCUGCGAGAGGCAUGGCCUCUGGCUCCAUGUAGACGCUUCUUGGGGUGGCUCAGCCUUGAUGUCCAGGAAGCACCGCAGGCUCCUGCAGGGUAUCCACAGAGCUGACUCUGUGGCGUGGAACCCACACAAGAUGUUGAUGGCUGGGAUUCAGUGCUGCGCUUUCCUCGUCAAAGACAAAUCUGACCUUCUUAAGAGAUGCUACUCGGCCAACGCGUCUUACCUCUUCCAGCAGGAUAAAUUUUAUGAUGUCAGCUAUGACACGGGUGACAAGUCCAUCCAGUGCAGCAGGAGACCAGAUGCAUUCAAGUUCUGGAUGGCCUGGAAGGCCCUGGGCACAUUAGGCCUUGAAGAAAGAGUUAACCGCGCUCUUGCUUUAUCUAGGUACCUAGUAGAAGAAAUCAAGAAAAGAGAAGGAUUCAAGCUACUGAUGGAACCUGAAUAUGCCAAUAUUUGCUUUUGGUACAUUCCACCAAGCCUCAGACAGAUGGAAGAAGGACCUGAAUUCUGGGCAAAACUUCAUUUGGUGGCCCCGGCCAUUAAGGAGCGAAUGAUGAAGAAGGGGAGCCUCAUGCUGGGCUACCAGCCCCACCGGGGGAAGGUCAACUUCUUCCGGCAGGUGGUGAUCAGCCCUCAAGUCAGCCGGGAGGACAUGGACUUCCUGCUGGAUGAGAUAGACCUCCUGGGGAGGGACAUGUAGCUGUGGCUUUGGGUCCCCCAGAGGCACGGGUCCUGCCCUGAGGGUAAGGGUCCAGGGCAUCUGGGGACACACAGACUGCAGCCCUUCUGGAGCGAGUAGGACACAUGCCCCAUCCUUGCCCAGCAAAACCGAAAUACUAAGCAAGUAGUGUGAAGUACUCUCUAGGUGCCAGGGGCCUACUGCUGCAAUAAAGGAGGUAGUGAGAGGUGGGUCUUCUCUGGGACGACCCCUGGGACAGAACCCCAAAGGGUUCAGUACCAGGUGGGCUCUGGGCUCAUUGCUCUUGAAAAAGCCGCUGAAUUAGCGAGUGGAAGAGUGGUUUACGAUGUGUGACCCAGAGACCAGCAGCCUGGGAAUCCUGUUAGAAAUGCCUGGCCUCAGCCUUGCCCCAGACCCACUGAAUCAGAAACCCUGGCGGGUGGGGGAAGCUGAGUGCUCUGAACUUCACGGAGCCUUCCAGGUGCUUCUUAGGCAAGGUAAAAUCUGAGAGCCAGCAGUUUAACUUAACGCAACGUUGAAUUAACUGACUACUACUCACUCUGAUGUGUUUGCCCGCAAGGGAUAUCGGAUACUUUGGUGGCUCUGAAAAUGCAGCUGUGGCCUCUUAGUACUAAUGUUUAGGGGCAUCAGAAGUAUAGCAAAGCUGUUUUUAAAAGAGAAACUAUAAUAUAUAGAAGAUGUUUACUUUAUGAAAAGGUAUCUUUUAUUCAGGCUAAAUGUUUAUUCUCAAAAGUUAAAAUUAACCACUAUCUAUUAUAAAGUAUCUGAAUUAGAGCUAAGGAUAAAAGACAGACUUUUGUAGUGUAGCCUUUUAAUCAAAGCAACAUCCCUAAUUCAUUUCCCCAAAUCGUUCAUGUCAUUAAUUGGGAGUACGUUAGGUAUACAUGUCUCUAAUUAGAUGCCUCUUAGCUUGAGGGGCCCCUUUCUUAUCUUGCUCUCUGCUUGUAGGAAAUAACAAGAAUGACGUCCAGGGUUAUACGACAUUCCCUUUCUCAAGCUUUAAAAUGGCAGUGUAGGCUAUUAAAGGGUUUAUAUUGGGCAGAGAAUCAGGGAAUUAGAGGUCUUUUGGGGCACACACCUCCGCCAUUUAUCCUGGGAGUGGAUAAUUGUAAUUCUGUCUCUAAUCCUGGUCCUAGAUCUCUAGCAGAAUUUCCUUUGACUAAGAAAUAAACAGAAUUCAGAGGUGUGGGAGCAGAGGUCAACAAGGUACAAUGAUGACUCGCAUUAGAGCUCCCCUCUGGAAGGCAAGUGAAGGAGAGUUCUCAGGCAGCAGACGGGAGCAGGGGCCAGCAAGGCACAGUUACACCUCUGGUUAGAGCUCCGCUUUGGAAGGCUUGUGACUGAGUGUUCAGACAUUAGACGUAGCAUGUUCAGUACCCAUCUCGUAUGCCAUCACUAACCUGCGCCGUUUAAAUUUUGAAGAGUUAAAAAGCAGAUAUGUACUAUUUCCUUGUGUUCCGUAUUUUCAUUUUAGAGUGUGUGGUUUCUCAGUAUCUCUAUCGGUCAAAGAAUAUCUUAAACUUUCUCUGAACUACUUUAAUCUGUGGUAUGUGUAUUGCAUCCCUUGUUGCCUUUUUGUUUAAACAUCUCCCUAAAAUGUUCUGAAACUGAGGUUUGCAAUAAUUUGUGUCUAAUGAAAUAAAAAAGCAAU